ACAUUUCCUGCUGAACGGUAAAGAGAAGAAGGACGAGGAGAGGGAGAAAAACCGUGGCGGGUGGGAGAAGGCGAACAAAAUACUGAAGGGCAAGGAGAGCUAGAGGAGGAGAGGGAGAAGAGGCUAAGGGAGAGGGCUGAGAAAGCAGGAGGAGAAGGAUUUGUCAUAGUGAAGGCGCUAUCCUGCCCCAUGGAGGAAUAACAGGGAGCUGAUAGCACAGUAUAAGGACGACUAGACAACCGGCUCUUCGUAGGCAGCUGCUCAGGCACAAGGAGGAUGCAUUUUGCCUUUGGAAUUAUACAUGGCGCAGGGCUGCUGCUCCUCAUCUCACAGGCUGCUCUGGCUCAAAGAUGGCGUAAGGAAUAUGAGGAUGAAAAACCAUUUGAUCUAGAAAGUUCUGGAGAUGAUGAUUUCCUUGAUGAGGACGAUACAGACGAUGUUUAUUCUGGAUCAGGAUCUGGUGAUUUUGAGAUGGAGUCCAGGCUGGAUUUUGGGGUCAUAUUCACUACAGAAACGCCCAUUGCUCCACCCACCGCCACAGCCCUGAAACCAGCACCUACGGUAGACACAAUUCCAACUCUACAAACAACUUUGCUUCCUCCCACAACACAAGCAACCUUAGUACAUCAACAACACCCAUGGGUUCUUCCUGAAGCCCCAGAAACACCAUCCAUAACUGCUGCACCCACACCAACUAGUCCUACCAAAGAAGCAGCAACUACUGCUGCUGUAACCACUGCAACAGCCAGGACAACUGAGGUACGCCGGUUACAACCUGUGAUUAUAGUAUCAACUUUAACAACACUAAUGCCUACUACUACAGAGGAAGAAACAAAGGAAUGGGAUGAUGAUACAGAAAACAUCGGGACCAUUCCAGGCCAGGGAAGCAGCCAGCAGUGGCCUACCCAAGAUGACAGAACAGUUCAGACAACCGUUGCAGAGGACAGUAAAAAAGAGGAUUUGGAAGAAGUGACUCCCACUCAACAACCACAGACAGACAACUGGGAAGUGACCAUAACUACUGCUCGUGAUAGCGAUGUAGAGGUGCCAGUGAGUGGAGGCCCAAGUGGUGACUUUGAGAUCCAAGAGGAGGAGGAAGCAUCUCAGACACAACCACCCACAAUACCUGACUUGGGCAAUGAAGUAUUGCCACCUGGCACAUCUCCCACUGAUCGUGGUCGGGGGAGGAAACUAGAUACUGGUCUCAUUGACAACACUAUAGAUUCUGGGAAUACCCUGGCACAGAUGCCGCAAAAGAAUAUUCUGGAGAGACGAGAAGUGUUAAUAGCGGUGAUAGUGGGAGGAGUGGUUGGAGCCCUUUUUGCUGCCUUUCUAGUGAUGCUACUGAUUUACCGCAUGAAAAAGAAAGAUGAAGGAAGUUACGCUCUGGAGGAGCCCAAACCAGCCAGCGUUUCCUAUCAAAAACCGGACAAUCAUGAAGAAUUCUACGCAUAGUAGAGGGGAUGUGUCCUUCUUUCCUCUUGCCAGUUCUGAUGAUCAAUGAGCCUGUGGACGGAUAUUCCUUUCAUGGCUUCCAUGUCCGGUGAUCCUGGAUGUGGGCUCUUCAUUUUUAAGUCACAGCUACCUGAAGUGUGGUCACAUGAAAUGUGGCCAGAUCAGGACAGUAUGGAAACAAAGAAUGUUUCUGUCGUGGGAUUUCUACUCCUUCCAUUCCUCUUUGCAUUCGUACACUGUCAAUGGCCACAACUGCUGGUGCUUCCUUGAGGGUUCUUUGACAAUGCUUGACUGAUAACAUUGUUGUGGCCACUACAUAGCAAAUUCUGGACCCAAAAAGCACAAGUGAUACCUUUUACUUCACCUUUUAUUGCAGUAUUGGCAUAUACUAGGAAAUCGUUUCUGCAGCCCCAGAUGGUCUGUUUUUUAGUAAUAGUUCCAGCAUAGGACGUUUAUGUACAUGCUAAAGGGAAUCUGGAAUGUUGUAUAAAAAUCCUAUAUAUAUAUAUAUCUUUAUAUUAGGCCUCUUCGAAUUACUUUCUAGUCCGACCACAGGCUCCGCCAUUAAGCUGUAAAUACGAUCUGGUGUAAAUUAAGAAAUUUUAGGGAGUCUUAUUAGGGAAAAAAAAAGAGAACUUUUUAAAAAAAAAUUUAAGCAAAAUGUUCUCCAGCAAAUGUACUGAUGUGGAAAUAAAGACUGAAAGAGGGUUACAUGUUUAUUCUUUAAAUGAUGGUACUGAGAUGGAGAAGGGAUGAGACUAGUGUUGAGGUUAAAUGUCGUGCCAUAAAAAGGGAUUUGGUUCGGGGGUAAAAUCUCCAACCUCAUGGUGCAGUUCUCUUUUUCAAUGGUUACACUGUCCUCCUCGGUUCUAACACUAUAACCUCUGCUUCAUUUACUUAGAGGUCCGGUAUGCUAUGAAAAAAACACAGAUUAAUUGAUUUGGCCGCAGCCAAGGAUUCUGGGUAUGUAUUUGUAAAUGGGCACACCUGACGCUAUUUUGAAUCUGGAUGACAAUUCACUCUGAUCGGCUACAGAGCUUAAAGUGUCCCUGUAGUUUGGAAACAUUUUGAUAUUGGUGAAGAUCUAGGUGCUGAGACCUUUGCUGAUUGCUAGAACGAGGAGAUAAAAGUGCUCACAUGGAGUCUGCCUCUCCUCCCUGCUGGAGACAGACGUGAGACGGACUUAGUAGAGAAUCUAUGGGAAUCUCCUGCAGUAUGGCGAGAGUGUGCUAUGUGAGCGCUUCUCUCUCCUCAUUCUAGCGAAUCGCAGAGGUCUCAGUGCUUGGACCCCCACCGAUGAAAACCUUUCACAUGUCACUAUGACAUAUCAAAAGUUUUCCCAAAGCACAGUGCCACUUCCAAUUUAUAGAGUUUUUCAGAAGUCUUAGGCCAUGAUGAAAUCUGCGUCAGAGGAUCCGUUCAGGUGCAGGUUCACAAACAGAAAAUCUGCACCAAAAAACGUUUGUUACUUGUGUUUUGUUUUGUAGAUUUGAUGCAGUUUUGCUGCAAAUCUCACUGAAAUCCGCACAGUAAACAAAUUGCACAAACGUUUGACACAUAUAGUGAGAAUAAAGACUUAAACCAGUGGUCUGCAGCCUGUGACCCUCCAGCCACACCUUGUCGGGGGAUGUUGGAAGUUGUCGUUUUACAUCAGCUGGAGAGUCUAUAUUCCCUAAUAAUUUUUUGUGUGCAAAUAAGAUGUAAGGGUUAUCUUCUGUGGGCUUUUCACCUCUAAGUAAAUGAAAUGGAGCACCAAAGAAGGCAAACAUGAGGCCUUAGUCCCUUUCCCAAAAUCCUUGGGUUGGAGGGUUUCAAACAGGCCACUGGCAAUGGGUUAAUAUUUGUAAAGUUAAAGAACUUUUAUCCUAACUGUAACUGGUACAAUGACUAAAUGCUUUUAGGACUAGAACAUAAAGGAAUGAUGAGAUGAAGCUCUCAUCCAAAUUAGAACUUCUUUCAAGCAAGCUGAAUGUCCUUUCUGUGGCAGUCUAUGUGUUUGUUCUUUUUCCUGCGGAGACCGAAUGUAACACACCAAGGGGCGAUUUAUGCAUUUACAGCAACUCCUUGGCUGAAACUUUCCAGUUCGGAACAAGGUCCAUAUCAAGACCUGGGAGAUUUUGAUUUUGUAUAUUAUUUGGCAGUCUACCUGCAAUUGCAAAGUGGGAUCAUUUCUUACAAAACAUCUGUUGUCAGUGGUGAAAUAAUUUCUAGAAGGGGUUGGGUACCGGGGUUAUACUGUAAUAGAGCAUUUUUUUUGUAUGUACAGUAUGUAAUUCACUAGGAUUUUAGCAUUAAAAAUUUGCUUCUUAAAGUCUGUUCUGAAUGUGUCUCAUAGCACAGACUUUAAAGCCAAAAGCUAAAGCAACAUGAGCAACGAGCAAACGAAAAUGGUUCACUUCAGAAUACAACUAUACCUUUGCCAAUGAUCUUAAGCAAUGUUGCAGUUCAUGUAUCUUAAUAAUUUUAUAAUUAUUUCUGUGCUGUACCCAAUUAAGGAAAUAAAACGUAAAACAUUUGAAUUUUU